UUUUUAACUCUUUUUGCGAGUGACGGUGGUUGCUUGGCAAGUCUGUAUACGGUUUCACAUGUAGUGGAGUCCGUAUACUUGGAAGGGAAACGUGGUGGGAUUGCUUCCUUCGCCCCCAUGCAGACGGUGUUUAUAACCAAGGCAUCUGCAUGAGAAGCAACCGCCACGGACUUAACGCGCCCAGACAAAGUUUUUGAGUGAGAAUGAGUAGGAAUGGGGAGAGAGUGAUUCGGGUCCUGAGCCGGCUCAAACCGUACUUGGCGGUGGUGCUCCUGCAGUUCGGAUUUGCGGGGAUGGCGAUAGUCGCCAAGUUCUCCUUGAACCGAGGAAUGAACCAGCACGUCUUCGUCGUCUAUCGCCACGCUUUUGCAAUCGCCGUCGUCGCUCCUUUCGCCAUCCUCUUUGAGAGGAAGACAAGGCCAAAAAUGACAAGGUCCGUCUUUUUGAAGAUCUUACUGCUAGGCUUACUGGAGCCGGUAAUCGAUCAGAAUCUGUUUUACACGGGCAUGAAGUACACAACGGCGUCUUUCACGGCCGCCAUGUCCAAUAUGCUUCCAGCUUUCACGUUCCUCAUGGCCUGGUUUUUCAGGCUUGAGAGAUUGAGCAUAAGAAGCAAGCACAGCCAAGCCAAGAUAUUGGGAACUCUGGUCACCAUAGGAGGAGCGAUGAUCAUGACUCUAGGGAAAGGUCCUGUUCUUGAUCUUCCAUGGACAAAAUCGACUUCAGCACACGUUGAUUUAGAUGGUGUUGCGCAAAAACCAAUCGAGGGUGCUCUUAUGAUCACCGCAGGUUGCUUCUGUUGGGCUUCUUUCAUCAUCCUCCAAGCGAUCACCCUGAAGUCAUACCCAGCAGAGCUCACAUUGACGACUCUGAUAUGUAUGACGGGGACGUUCCAAGGAGCGGUUUUCGCUUUUGCCAUGGAAAGAAGCAACUUUGCUGCUUGGUCUAUCCAGUUUGACGUCAGGCUCUUAGCAGUUGUCUAUAUAGCAAUGCAGGGAAUAAUAUGUUCUGGGGUGGGCUACUACAUUCAAGGGGUGGUGAUGCAAAUAAAGGGGCCAGUUUUUCUGACUGCCUUCAAUCCUCUGCAUAUGGUCUUGGUUGCAAUCCUGGGAUCCUUCAUUUUACAUGAGAUCUUAUGCCUUGGCAGGGUUAUCGGAGCACUUGUCAUUGUUCUUGGCCUGUAUCUCGUCCUGUGGGGCAAAAGCAAAGAUCAGGUUGCAGCAGGAAGCAGUGAAAAGCAAGAGACAUCGAAACCCCAGAUAGCCAAUACAAGUUUGGCAGAUGAGAGUGCAGAGACUGCCGCUUCAUCGUAUGUUGUCGUUGAUGUCACCAAAACCAAAGUGAGGCCAGCCGAAGUUUGAAGAUGAAGAACAAGCUCCAAGAAUAAAAGCAAUUCAAGAGCUUGAGUUUUUUUUUUUAAAUGGACAUUUGACCUCAAUGUCGUGUUGUUUAGUCAUGUUUGUUGUGAUUUUGUGGAGUAGUUCAUCACUUGGAUAUCCUUUUACCAUUUUCACUCAAUAAAGUCAAAGGCACCUUUUUGC